GUGAAAUUUAUUUCGUGUUGUGCUGCUGACCAGUGUUAAAGUGCUUUAGCUCAAGAUGCCCACCUCGGCCGAUAGUGUGUUUGUAGCGCGUUCAGAUGGUAUAUCCGCUGAAGGAGUGCGCGAUCAGUAUGCGGAUGGCAAGGCGGCCAAGGUCUGGGAGAUAUUCAUUGGCGACAAGAACUCGCGCACGGAUAACUACAGGAACUUCCUGGUGGACUUGCUGCGUCAGAAGGGCUGCAAGCGUGUGCUCGAUGUGGCAUGCGGCACGGGCGUGGACUCCAUUAUGCUGCUGGAGGAGGGCUUCGAUGUUACCUCUGUGGAUGCCUCAGACAAAAUGUUGAAAUAUGCUCUGAAGGAGCGCUGGCAACGCCGCAAGGAAGCUGCCUUUGACAAGUGGACUAUUGAGGAAGCCAACUGGCUGACACUCUAUGAUGACAUACAGGAGCACAUUGGCGACGGCUUUGAUGCUGUCAUUUGCCUGGGCAACUCAUUUGCUCACUUGAUGGACGCCUCUGGCGAACAGCUGGAGCACAAGCAGGCAAUUAAGAACUUUGAGAAGUGCCUGAAGCCUGGCGGCAUGCUGCUCAUCGAUCAUCGCAACUAUGACAACAUAUUGGAAACGGGCUCAACGCCCGCCAAGAGCAUUUACUAUAAUACAAGUCAUACAGCUGACAUCAAAACCUCAGUGCUGUUCUAUUGUGGCAAACCAUCAUUGGUUUCCAUGGAUUAUCAGAUUGAGGGCAACAAGCUCUCCAGCGAGUUCCGUCUCUCCUACUAUCCACAUGGACUGAAGCGCUUUACGGAAAUCCUAAGCGAAAUCUUUGGGGCACAGGCCAAGCACAAGCUUUUCGGUGACUUCAAGGACAUGAACGUUGUGCAGAAUCCAGCAUUCUAUAUACAUUUAAUUGAGAAGCCUAGAGCUUAAGUCUUAGCAGUUUAAAUCAGUUUAAGUCUUAUCACACACACACACACACACUCACAAAAUAAUAAAAACUUUUAGUUGUACUUAGAGGAAGUUGUU